UGGCACAGGAGGAAGAAAAGAGAGGGAGGUGUGUGUGCACAGAGUCACACAGCCAACAUCCAGGUCUCCUGCAAACAUCUAUGCGCUGCCACUAUAAAGCUGCUGUGCUCCUGAAAGGACCCGCGGAGCAAAGGGAAACAUAUCAGCUUCUAUUACAGUUAAAGUAUCAGCCGAGCAGGCAACAGUAUAGCCAGUAACCAGGGGUUACGUCUUUAGAUGCUGAGAAGAGUCGAGAGAAAGUGAGCAGAGAUCAACCAACUGAACAGAAAAUGACAAUGUGUUUGUGUUUGUGUGUGUGUGUGUGUGUGUGUGUCCAGGCGGCAGCAGCUCUGGAACUUGAUGAGCGAUGCUUCCUGUCAGCGCAGUCCAUGUCCAAGCUGAAGGUAUCCGAUCACUUCCAGGUGGUGAAGCUCCUGGGAGAGGGAUCCUAUGGAAAGGUCAUGUUAGCUGUACACAGAAAGAGAGGAACGCCUAUGGCUCUGAAGUUCUUCCCUCGUCAGUCUACCUCGCUCACCUCUUUCCUACGAGAAUACAACCUCUCCCUUUCCUACUGCACUCAUCCUUCUCUGACACGGGCCCUUGGCAUCUUCUUUUCCACGCCGUCCUACUAUGUCUUUGCCCAGCAAGCUGGUCUAUACGGUGACCUCUACAGUGUGAUAGUGUCAGAGGACGGCGUGGAUGAAGAGUGUGUCCAGAGGGUGAUGGCCCAGCUGAGCGGAGCGGUCACACAUCUCCACUCGCUGGGCUUCGUCCACCGCGACAUCAAACCUGAGAACAUCUUCCUGUGUGACAGUUCCUGUCGCUGGGUCAAACUGGGGGACUUCGGCCUCUCCCGGGCCAUUGGCUCCACUGUUCGUGCCGUCUGGUACGAGUCUCCCUUCUGCACUCCUGAGGUGCAACCUGCCAAGAAGGCUCAGAAGGAGAGGGAGUGGGAAGGGACCGAGGAGGAGAUGGAGGACGUUUGGAUAACGGUGGAGCCAUGUAUUGACAGCUGGGCCCUCGGUGUACUCGGCUAUUGCCUCUUAACCUGCUGCUUCCCCUGGGAGGAGAGCACCCACGACGACCAUGGCUAUCGUAGAUUCAAGGAGUGGUUUGACCGGGAGACUGAAAAGGAGGAGAAGAUGAGGGCUGGUGAGUGGAGGGGUGAGGAGGAAAUAGACAGUUAUACAAUCAUGAAGGAGAAACAAAGGGACAACCCUCCUCCGUCACAGUUUGAGGGCCUCAGCCCGCUCGUGAUGACUCUUUUCAAGGAGCUGCUCCACCCUGAACCCAAACACAGAGGCAGCCCUGAGGAGAUCCUGAGCUACCUGGGAGGGCCGUGGCUGAUGGAGACCGAGAUCGAGGAGAAGAGGAAGGCAGACGAGGCAGAGAAGGAGGCCAGAAAUAUAAGAGAGGGAGCAGGUGUCGAAGAAGAACUAAUUCGGGAAGGAAGAGGGGAGAGAUAAGCUUUGUAUUAUGAUAUUUUUUUUAGGUUUUUAAUGAAUGUAACAUGUUUGUAAAACAUGUAUUUUUGUGUAUAGUUCAAGACUUAUAUCUAGUACAAACGUAUAUAUAAGGUGCUAUAUUUUCAUAUCUUUUUGUAUAAAUAUCCUCAUUAAAGUUUCCACUUCCAUUGUUUUUAUGUAUUCCACUGUGUGUAUAUAUGUGAAUAUGUGUCUUUUUAAUGAAAAGAGUCCAUAGAAAAUACAAGUAAAGUUUGAAAGUAGCAGUGUCAUCAUAGUGCCUUUAAACAUCUGGAUCGCAUUGUUGUAAAAUAAACUCUUUGUAUUGAACUUCU